AUGAUGAACCACAGCAGCCACAGCCCAAUUUCAAGUCCAAGCUUGCUCUCGCCACAUAUGAGCAGUAGCAUGUCGGCACGCAGCUCAUCGCCAUUACAACAACAGCAUCAUAUGCCACCACCCUCGCCCACGCUCAACGUGGACGACCUGGAGGAGAAGCGCUUUAUGACCGCGCUCUUUGGCUUCAUGAGCAAUAGGGGCACGCCCAUCGAGAAGAUCCCCAUCUUUGAUCACAAGGAGCUGAAUCUCUUCAAACUGUACACAUGCGUCAUCACCCGUGGCGGCCUGGAGGCCGUCAUCGAGAACAAACUCUGGCGACAGAUCACCACGGAUCUAGCCGUGGACCCCGAGAGGACCGACGCCGGCUUCCGUCUGCGCAUCCACUAUCUCAAGUACCUCUACCCCUAUGAGAGGAAGAACUUCCUAAAGAUGGACGACGACGAGCACUUUGACUACGAGGCCUUUGAGAAACAUUUGUCCAAGUCGCCAUCCGACAAGAAGGGUGCAGUGGCCAGAAAGAAGAAAUCACUCUCGCCAGCACAUCAUUCUACGUCGUCGCCCAGCAGUGCCAAGUCCACUCCAUCUCCAUCCUCCUCUCCCACAUCACUCCUCUCCAGUCCAUCCUCCAAUGGUCCACACAUUUAUCACAGCAACAAUAAUAAUAACAACAACAACAACACAUUCAACAGUCUACAUCAACAACUCCAACAACAAUCAUCAUCAUCAUCAAAUUACUCACAAUUACAGAACACCUUGGACUCCAUCAUGAACCUUUCCAACAACAUCCACACCAUCAACAACUCAAACAACAACUCAAUCAACCAACACAACAAUGUAAACAUCGUCGCCAACAGUAACUCGCCAUUCAAACCAACCUCAUCAUCUUCUCACAACACCAAUCAGUCAUCCAUCUCUCUUAACAGUAGCGGCUCGGGCAUCAGCACGGGUGCACCAACUGUCGUUGUUAAGCUACAGCUAUUGGAGUACAAGUCCUUGAAGCGCUACAACGCCAUCCACAGGCUCAAGGUGUCACAUCAGCCCAGCCGCAAGGAACUGGUCAAGGCGGUGAUCCAGCAUUUCGGUCAGCAAAAGAUAGACGAAGAGUCAACCAUCAGCUCAUUCCUGAGAAGGAUCAAAGCCGAUACCAACACCAGGAUCAGGCCGACCGAGAAGGUC